AUGUCGGGCUACGCAGAACCGCGUUUGCUGCCUCUGGGGCCCACGCUACCCUUGCCUUUUGAAAAGGACUCCCCGGCACAGAUGAGGAUACCGGAGGCUCCAAUGCUUCCAGAGGCUUCACCCUUGGGCGGCUUGAUAUGCCCUUUGGGGCCUAAUGCGUCACCGACUCUGACAACACCUCAGUGCGGCGAUGUACGCCAAUCAGCUACAGGCUUUGGAGAUGUCACACCCCUGACAGCUCAGAACAAGCUUGGUGGACUUAGUGACAUGAACGAAUGGGCUUGGGAGAUGGGGAGCCAAUGUAGUGUACCGUCUGCCUGGUCAAAACCUAGUACUGUCCACAGCAGCAUCAGCAAGCUCAGUACAGCCACAGGUGAGGGUCUCAUCCCCGGCCUUGUGGACGGCCAGCGCCUAUCUUCCGUCAAGCCCUGCUGGGUCCCAACCUCGGGUGGCAAGGUGGUUGUUAGCCUGCGCAAGGAGGUACCUCAGGGCUUUUGGGACAGACUGGGCAUAGUCCUGGUCAAUGGACCUGUGCAGAAGAAGUUGGUGCCAACUGGUGUUAAGAAAGGCAAGAAGUUAUGUGUGGAGGUUCCAUCUGGAAUGGAAGCUGGCGACUACGAUGUUCGGUUGUCUUUUGGUGAGAAGAUUAUACACGGUGCAAUACCUUUGGCUGUAAGAGAUGGGGAUGAAGAGGCGGAAGAAGAUUUUGAUGAUUGA